AUUCCCUCCUGACUGUAAACCUGUUGAGACUCUGACCGCUGUGUCAUAAAUCAACCAACAAACUGAGGAGAAAGUCUUCAGAUUGAAAGAUCAAAAAUGAGUGACCAACCUUCAAACAAGUUAAUCUCUGUGUGGAACGAGCUCCGUCGGGAGGGAGACUUUUGUGAUGCUAUCAUCAGAGUCGAGGGCGCCGAAUUUCAAGUUCACAAGAUUAUCCUCUGUAAAUGCAGCUCAUACUUUCGAGCUCUCUUCAGACGCUGGUCAUCUCCAAACAAAAAGAUCUUUGAAAUACCGGGCUUGUCUCCUGACAUAAUGCAGCUCAUCAUUGACUUUGCAUACAAUGAUUACGUUUCUGUGACUGAGGACAACGUACAAGAGCUGCUGCUAGCAGCCGAUCAGCUAAAUGUGAUGGACCUUGUACGUAUCUGCUGCGACUUCCUGGGGAAGCAGCUCUGCCCGCAGAACUGCAUCGGCAUCUGGCAGUUCACCAACAUCUGCUACUCCUUCGAACUGCAGCGCAAGGCCUACCACUACAUCGUUGAUCACUUUGAGGAGGUUGCUUCUUGUGACGAGGUCCAGCAGCUCACUGUGGAUGAACUCACUGACUUCCUUGGUAGAGAUGACCUCAACGUGAAAAAUGAGAGUACUGUGUAUGAGGCCAUCAUUCAGUGGGUCAGCUACCGACCUAAUGAACGGAAAGACGAUAUCGCUGUACCCUUCUCUAAGCUUCGGCUGGCUUUGACAAGUAAAGACUACAUCAACAAGAACGUGAUAUUCAAUGACCUGGUGAACACCAAUCCUGGGUGCUUGCACAUGGCCGUUGAAGCCUUAGAUAUCAUCCAUCUCACCCACCAAAGCAACUCCACUAUGUCCGGUGUCUGUAAUGCUGCCGCACGUCCUCGCCUGCCUAAUGCAAUCUUGUUGGCCAUCGGAGGCUGGAGUGGCGGCGAUCCAACUAACUGCAUUGAGGCGUACGAUUACCGUGCUGACCGCUGGAUCAACGUGACAACCCAUCUUGAACGUCCUCGUGCUUAUCAUGGCACUGCUUUCCUCAAUGGGUAUGUCUACUGCAUUGGUGGCUUUGACAGGGUAGAGUAUUUCAACUGUAUGAGCAAGUUUGACCUGAACACGCGCACCUGGCAUGAGGCUGCACCCAUGUACUACCGUCGCUGCUAUGUGAGUGUUACUGUGCUGAACGGGUCCAUCUAUGCAAUGGGAGGUAAUGAUGGGCAUACACGACACAGCAGCGCUGAGCGCUACAGGCCUGAGACCAACCAGUGGAGUCACAUUGCACCCAUGCAUGAGCAGAGGAGCGAUGCCAGCUGCACAACACUCAACAACAAGAUUUACAUUUGUGGUGGUUUCAAUGGGAACGAGUGCCUGCAGACUUGUGAAUAUUACAUCCCAGAGAACAACCAGUGGACAAUGAUCACCCCCAUGAGCUGCCGGCGCAGUGGAAUUGGCGUCAUUGCAUAUGCCGACCACGUCUAUGCAGUUGGUGGCUUUGAUGGUAACGUUCGUCUACGUAGCGUGGAGGCCUACGAUCCCACGACCAACACCUGGCAUGAAGUGCCCUCCAUGAUGACCACCCGCAGCAACUUUGGGAUUGAAGUGAUCAAUGAUCAGCUCUUUGUUGUCGGGGGCUUCAAUGGCUUUAGCACCUCCUAUAACGUUGAGCAGUAUGACAUUACAACUGACACCUGGUCUGGGGUCUGUGACAUGGCGAUCUUCCGCAGUGCCCUCAGCUGCUGUGUGGUGUCUGGAUUCCCCAACAUGGCCAGAUACACUUUUCCCCGUCACGCCCUGCCACUUUUAGAUCUGCAGGAUGGAGGAUUGUUGGAGUCAGUAGAGUCCAACUCCUGAACAGUUUUAGUCCUGCCUUGAACUACCAUCCAACCUGGCAAGACUUUAACAUGAAAUAAACUUCUUUGAGCAUCAAAAUGCUGUUACUUUAAGGAU